UAUAAUUAAAAAAAAAAAAUGGGAGAAAAGGUAGUGGGGUUAACAAAAGCGGGAGACAAGAAGUUCAUUCGGGUAUAAAAGAUAUAUUAUUAAACCUUUCCGAAUGGAAGUGGAAUUUUCCGAGCUUCCAAACAGAGCCAUAAGAAAUUACAAGAAACCGGAAGUUUAUCGAAGCUUUAUCAUAGGGGAAGAAGGAUUUUGCAGAAAAGUUUUUAUAUUUUGAUAGGGAGAGAUAGAGAGAAUUAAAGAUGAGGAAAACCACAGCAGCAAUCUCUUCAAUUUUGUUGUUGGUAUCGCUUUUUCUUCAACAAAUAGUCCAUGUUUCCUCAUCUUCUCCUCUUACACAGAAAAACCAGGAUUAUGAAGGUUCUGCUGCUUCAAGAACUCUUAAGCAAGAACAGGAACAUGCUCAUCAAGUACAUUGCUCCAGAGAAAGAAGCAGGGCAGCAUGGAAAAUCAUUGAGGAGUAUUUGAUGCCCUUUGUGGAACGAGAACACUAUUCGAUUUCAAGUAAGUGCCGACUUCAUCCAGACAAUGACCUAUUUAGAGAUCAGGAGGAGCAUAAAAUUCAUUUCGAUAUAAAUGAAUGGCAGUGUGGCUACUGUAAGAAAAGUUUCCGUGCUGAAAAGUUUCUUGAUCAGCAUAUGGACAACAGGCAUCACAAUCUUCUGAAUGUUAACGGCAGCAAGUGCUUAGCUGAUUUGUGUGGGGCAUUGCACUGUGACCAUGUGAUGAAAACCAAGUCAACAAAAGCCAAAUGCAAUCCUGCUGCUGUUGCAAGGAAUCACCACCUAUGCGAGAGUCUUGCUGAUAGUUGUUUUCCCAUUCAUCAAGGACCCUCAGCCAGUCGACUUCAUGAGUUGUUUUUGCGCCAAUUUUGUGAUGCUCAUUCUUGCUCCAGGAAACAGAAACCUUUCUCAAGAGGAGGCAAGAAGCAAACAAGUGUUCUCUACCUGGCUGUUUCAAUACUGACUAUGAUGCUGCUUCCACUGUUUUAUCUUCUUGUUUAUUUGCACCAAAGGGAUAUGAGAAUGAGAACCCAAGAGCUUAGACGCAUCCCACAAAGUGGGCGGAAAGCUAAAGGCUCAUAGUUGGCUCUUGGAAUCAUCAAUAUUGAUGAGACAACGAAAGAUGGAAAUAUUCUUCCUAUGCCAAUUGGACUUGCCCUCCAACAGCUUCUCUUGGUAAUGUUUACGACUCAUAAGGUUGUGAGACAAUGGAGUACAAAGUGAACUAGAGUUCAUGGAAGAAGACUAUGGAGCACAAAGUGAACUAGAAUUCAUGGAAGAAGCCAAACUUGCUGGAUUACCAAUUAUAAGCUCCAGGGAUGACAUGUUCUACACCUAGGGUAGGAUUUCUUUGUUGUUGAAAAUAGCAGUGACAUCUAUACACAAUUUAUGAAGUUGUAUCUUAUCCUCAAAAACCUGGUUGUCCUCGUGAGUUCUGCCUAAAUGUUCCUUCAGAUGAAUCUCUGUCCUAGAGCAAUCUUAUUCCUAACAGAUGAAUCUCUUUCUAAAUAUUCUAUUCAUUGAAAGAUUUGAUUUUGUUUGAUAUAA